GUUCACCAAAAAUCUGUCACCUGACAAGAUCAACCUGAGCACGUUAAAGGGGGAAGGUCAGCUGACCAAUUUAGAGCUGGAUCAAGAGGUGCUUCAGAACAUGCUGGAUCUUCCAACAUGGCUUGCUAUAAACAAGGUCUUUUGCAAUAAAGCAUCCAUUAGGAUACCAUGGACAAAAUUGAAAACACAUCCCAUCUCUUUGUCCUUGGAUAAAGUUGUAAUGGAAAUGAGCACAUGUGAAGAGCCACGUGCCCCUAAUGGACCCUCUCCUAUAGCAACUGCAUCCGGACAGAGUGAAUAUGGCUUUGCUGAAAAAGUGGUAGAAGGCAUUUCGGUUUCUGUGAACUCCAUUAUAAUAAGGAUUGGUGCAAAAGCCUUUAAUGCUUCAUUUGAACUUUCCCAGCUGAGAAUAUAUAGUGUAAAUGCAAACUGGGAACAUGCUGACCUCAGAUUUACCAGAAUACAAGAAGCUCAACGUGGAGAGGUUUUGACUUUUAAAGAAAUCAACUGGCAGAUGAUCAGAAUAGAAGCAGAUGCAAUCCAGAGUUCUAAGCAUGAAAUCAUGAGUGCUCCAGUUCGACUGAUUACUAACCAAUCAAAAAUUAGGGUCACGCUCAAACGAAGGUUAAAGGAUUGUAAUGUAGUGGCAUCAAAACUGGUUCUGAUUCUGGAUGAUUUGCUAUGGGUUUUAACCGAUUCCCAGUUGAAAGCCAUGGUGCAGUAUGCCAAAUCUCUUAGUGAAGCCAUAGAGAAAUCGACAGAACAGAGGAAAAGCUUGGCUUCUGAAACAGCACAGAGCUCUGCCCCUGCACCCAGCUCUCAGCAGGUGAAAGCACACCAGACAACAGCAGCACCUGAUCAAAACGAUGCGAUAGUAAAAUUGUUCAAUGAUUUUGAUGUUAAGGAAACUUCUCAUCACUUAGUAAUUUCCCAUUUGGACUUACAUAUAUGUGAUGAUAUCCAUUCUAAAGAAAAAGACUCAAAUAGACGUGUUACAGGAGGGGCCAUGCAGCUUUCCUUCAGCUAUUUAACAGUGGACUAUUAUCCAUUUCACAAAGCAGGAGACAGCUGCAAUCACUGGAUGCAUUAUAGUGAUGCCACUAAAACCAGAAGUGGAUGGGCCAAAGAAUUAUUAAAUGAAUUCAAAAGCAAUGUUGAAUUGCUUAAGCAGGCUGUGAAAGACCAGGUCUUAGAUUCUCCUCCUGAAUCACCACCUGCUGUAUCUCCUCAGAACCUACAAACAGGCAAGGAACAGAUACCGAAAGGAACAUCUAGGGCUUCCUCUGUAUCUUCCCAACAACCAAAGGGCAAACUGAUGUCUAGUCCUAUUGUGGUUAGACUUGCAGAUUUCAAUAUAUAUCAGGUUUCAACAGCGGAUCAGUGUCGUUCUUCCCCUAAAGCUCUGAUCUCUUGCAAUAAAAAGUCACUUUAUCUUCCACCAGAAAUGCCUGCUAUUCAUUUUGAAUUCACUGAAUAUUACUACCCAGAUGGAAAGGACUUCCCUAUUCCAUCUCCCAAUUUGUAUGGCCAGCUGAAUGCUUUGCAGUUCACCCUGGAUGAGAGAAGUAUUCUUUGGCUAAAUCAGUUUGUGUUGGAUUUGAAACAGAGUCUUAUUCAGUUCAUGGCCAUGUACAAGUUAAAUGACAAUUCAAAAUCAGAUGAACAUGUUGAUGUUAGAGUUGAUGGACUAAUGUUAAAGUUCAUCAUCCCAGCUGAAAACAAACCUGAAAUUCAUAAAGAUCAACCUCGUGCACUUUCCAUUCAAAGUUCAGAGAUGAUUGCUACAAAUACAAGAUACUCGCCAAACUGCAGACACUCUGAUCUGGAAGCUUUGUUUCAGAACUUCAAAGACUGUGAAUUUUUCAGUAGAACUUUUACCACUUUUCCUAAGUCCCAGAAGAAUUUUAAUCUUUUGCAUCCAAUUUUCCAGAGACAUGCUCAUGAACAAGAUACUAAAAUGCAUGAUGUUUAUAAAGGUUAUAUCAUCCCAAAAUUGAAUAAAUAUGCAUUAAAGACAUCUGCAGCCACUGAUGUUUGGGCCUUGCAUUUUUCCCAAUUUUGGAUAGACUAUGAAGGAACGAAAAGUGGGAAAGGCCGACCCAUAAGCUUUGUGGACUCGUUCCCACUUUCACUUUGGAUUUGCCAGCCAGUAAGAUUUGCAAAGACACAAAAAGAGGUUUUAUCGCAUAAUGAGACAGCUUUGAACUUUCCAAAAAGUGAAUCUAGUGAUCUUGCUAACAGACUGCAACGUAAAAAACUUCUAAAGGAAUAUUACAGCAGUGAAACAGAGCCCUUGACCAAUGGCAUUCAAGUGUCAGACACUUCAGGAGUGCUUUCUGAAAGCUGUUCCUCUGAUGCAGAUGUACAUGUUCUUGUCCAUGUUCAAAAACAUGUAAGCGUGCAGAUCAAUCAUUACCAGUAUCUUUUUUUGCUGUUUCUCCAUGAAUCUCUUGUAUUGCUCCUGGAAAACGUAAGGAAUGAUGUAGAAGCAGUGACAGGAAAACCGGCAAAGCAAACAGAUGUCUGCAUUGGGAUCCUACUGAAAAGUGCAGAACUAGCCUUACUACUCCAUCCAGUGACUCAGGGAAACUCUUGUAAGUCUCCAGUUGCGGAAGAAGGAAGUCCCAUGGCAUCAGAGCUCUCUCCUUUGGGAAACGGGGAAGCUGUUACUUCAGAGAGUAAAUUAGUUGGCGAUAAGAUAGUGCAAGCUGGUAUUACUAAUUUUGCUUAUGUAAAUGACUGCAAGCCUCUGAAUGCUGAAGUUAAUAAAGGAAUUUUAAUAGAUCCUCUUUUGUUUAAAUCAGACAGUAAUACGGAUUUUCAGAAAGGAAUGUCAUUUUCAGAUGAUGCAUCAGAUAAAGGUUUGGGAGAUACGAGUGAAGGAGGAAGCAGUGGACUUUUUAGUAGAAGUGAUUCAGAGGAGGUCUGUGGACCUCUUAGUGAGAGAAGUGGCUUGCAUCCUAGGGAUUCAGCAUCCAUUUUAAAUAAGAGAGAAGAUUCCACUGAAUUUUUCAUUGAUAAAGAGGAUGACAAAAACAUGUUCUCAAAUAAGUUAAAUGAACAGGAAGGCACGACUGAAGGCUGUCCUGACCAAGUCACUGACUUGGAAACAGAAACUGCCUUAGAAUCUGAAGAGUUUGAAAUCACCAAAGACAAAGUGACUUCAGUUAGAAUGUUUGCAUCCCAGUCUUCAUCAAGUGCAAAGCCUAAGGAGCGCUGCCCGUCCAACCUCCCUGCAUUCUCUGUUUCUUACAAGAAUAUGAAGAGAAGUCCAUCACAAGUCUCUCUGGAUACCAUCUCUAUUGAUAGUAUGAUGCUAGAGGAUCAUUUGAUAGAAAGUGAUGGAAGUGACAGCCAAAGCUUUCUGGAGAAAGGUAUUACAGCCACAAACUAUCAAAGCCCAUCAGAAAAUGCCCAUGAAGGAGGCACCGUAACUGAAAAUUGUGAUGAGUCAUCUCCAGAUGCCAUGAGCGCUGCAUCAGAAAAUACCCAUGAGACUAGUGAAGAAAUGAUGUCUGUUGUGGUCUUCCAAAUAUUUGGUGUUAAUGGUGAAAUUGAUAUCAGAGGCGAAGACACAGAAAUAUGCCUACAGGUCAACCGAGUGAUACCAAAUCAGUUGGGAAAUAUCAGUGUUCGGCAUUAUCUUUGCAACAGAACUGUUG